AUGUCACUAAUGUCAGCCUUCCGACCGCCCUCCACAAGAGUCUCCUCUAUUCGAGACACAACCCGUGUCCGACGACGUAGGCGGCCAAGCAGACAGGAGCCCUCGGAAUUUGAUUCAGAAGGCCAUCUCCAAGAUCCAGAUGCCCACUCCAUCAUAACACCCUCAAAGCAUACGCCGAAACCUUUACGGGUGUUACGAGGCUCAGUGGCCGCUGGUGGUCCGCUUCGUCCAUUCCGUCUAGUCAAACAGGACAUCGCCAACCUCCGCCAGCGGUAUGUGUCUGACUGGACAGUGUUCAAUCAAUUGGUAUUUGCUAGCGCAGUCUAUGUUUUCUUUACAAAUCUUCUGCCGGGAAUCACAUUUGCGAGUGAUCUAUACGUUCUGACUGGUAAGAGUUGGGGAACUAUUGAGGUUGUCUUGAGCACUGGGUUGUGUGGAACUAUCUUCUCCCUAUUCUCAAUCCAACCCCUCACAAUCCUUGGCGUUACCGGCCCUUUCUCGGUCUUGGCUGAGAAUAUCUACUCAUUAUGUGAAGAGGUUUUCAAAAUCCCUUUCCUUCCAUUCAUGGCAUGGUCCUUGAUACAUUCCGGUUGGAUGCACUAUGUCCUGGCGAUCAUCAAUGCCCAUGACUGGACAAUGCGCUAUGUGACGACGUUUGCAACAGAGAUUUUCUCCCUCCUAAACAGCAUUAUCUACUUCCACAAGGCAAUCCAAGAGCUCGAAAGGGCACACGACAGUCUAUCUUUCGCGGCGUUUCUUUAUGCCGUCAUUGGCGCAGUCGGAACAAUGCUCCUUGCCAUCUUCCUAUCCACGGCAGAGAGUUGGAAGCCACUAUUCCACCGAUAUAUCAGAUUAUGUCUGACUGAAUACGCCGCUGCGAUCUCCAUCAUUGUUUUCAUCGGUUUACCCUAUGUGGGCGAGUUAGCCCAUCUCGAUAAAAUGACUUUACCCGUCAGCACAUCAUUUCGGCCAACAUCCCCAGAGCGGGAUAUCUUCUUUGUCGAGUUUUGGAAACUACCAGUCUCAUGGAUCUUUGCUUCAAUGAUCCCCGGUCUCAUCAUUACGGUAUUAUUCUUCUUUGACCAUGAAGUCAGCUCAAUAAUCUGCACCAUUGAUCGAUAUGGCACGCGCAAGCCAGGCGGAUUUGCUUGGGAUGUCAUUUUACUUGGCACAACUACAGCUCUUUGUGGUAUGUUGGGAAUACCGCCUUCCAAUGGUCUUCUCCCACAAGCCCCGUUGCAUUCUGAAUCCCUUAUGCACGAAGAAACAGAGACAGUAAGUGUCAUCGUCGACGGGGAAGAGAAGAUAGAAACAAGGCAAGUCCGACAAGUUUAUGAACAGCGCUGGUCGGCACUUCUCCAUUCAGGGGCUAUUUUGCUGUUUGUGAGCCCGCCGUUUAUGAAACUCCUUGGCUUAACACCGACCAGUGUUCUGGCUGGGCUGUUCCUUUUUAUGGGGGAGCAGAGCUUAUCGGUGAACCCAAUUCUAUAUCGCACCUUCUAUGUUCUUACUCCACCAUCUGAGCUACCACCACUCCCGCAGUCCCUGCACAAAGUAAUGGAGCCAAGCUCAGCGAAUAGCCAAGAGACACCAUCUCGCAACCCAUCUUAUCUCCCAAUACACCUCUAUACCAUCUUGCAAAUCUGCGUCACAGUCGUGAUAUUCAUCCUCACACUGACAAGAGGAGCUCCCGCAUUCCCAGUGUUGAUUAUCGCCCUUGUGCCUUUCCGUCUCCUGGUUAUGAAACGUUGGUGGCCGCGUGAAGUGCUCCGAUUUGUGGAUGCUUGGGCAUGUCGCGGAGGGACGCCAGAAGACGAAGAGGACGAAAAGUUGAAUAAGAACUUCGCAACAGAUGAAGACUACGGUGGCGACCACCUAACUGGCGAAGGUACUCGUCACAGCCACUCUGGGACUCGUAAUGCAACACCACUUGCCGAAUCAUCUACGAUGUCACAACAACGAAAUGACAUUCAUAUGGACCUUGCAGAGCAGAGGGCGUGGCGCGUGAAUGACGACGAUACGAAUCACGAAUGGAUCGAGCUUGGUGAUCAAGCCUUCCCAGAUGAAGAGCUAGGACGACAAAGAUAG